ACGAAAAAGGGUAAUGGGAGACAAUUCAGUCUAAAAGGAAUAUUAGGAACAGAGGGGAGAUAGGGGGGAAAUCAAGAGUAUUAUCAAUAAAGCAUUGUUCUUAUUUUUAUGAAAUACAAAACUAAAACAUAGAAUAUAGUGGGUGGUGUUAUACAAUGAUGUACAGUAGGUGGCGGUAUGUACCUCUGAGUUUGUUGCGAACCGCCAGCAGAUGAAGAAGAAUCAGCAGGACUGGCGCUGAGAUGACGGACCAAGAAAGUACGGUACAAAGCCAGGUCCAGUUAGCGGAUAUUCUAAACAGGAGGUUAAGUUCUCCAGGGACGGUCAGGCCAGUUAGACAGGAAAAUGCAAGACAGUCUGUUGAGGGACAGACAACCCAAAUGGGGACAGCUUCACAGUCAGGACAACUAAUAAGAUGUCCUCAGGGUAGUGGCUCUGGACAGUCAGUGCAUCAAGAAAUGGCUAGGUCUUUUCCUGGACUUUUUCGCAGAGAGGCAAAAGGCAAAAGACGUUUCGCACCCGAUGCACGACUACAAAAAGGUUUUCUGGUUAACUUUUUCUUACUUGAUAGACAGCGUUCAAAAACACCCAAAGGAGAUGAAGAGCUCCAGCUCAUACUGGCUGGUCUUGGGAAAAGGUCUCUCACAGUAAACGAAAGCUUCAGACAUUCUGAGGUAUUUCUUUUUAAGCUGACAGAUUCUCUGCUCAAUGCAUUUCCACGGCUUAGCAGUAUUAAUGGUGGCUGGCUGUUACACAAUUCUACAGGUGGAGGUGGGCAGCGAAAAUUAGUUGUCAUUCCUCCCGAUUCUGAUGGAUAUAGUGGGCAGCAGCUAAAAGCAGUGAGUGGAAAUGGAAAAUGUACACUGUACAUAGCACCUUUACAGGAGGAAAUUGAUACCACUCCCUUUCCACCAGAAGCAAAAGAAUUUGAAAACAUGCCCAAAGCCCCAUGCACCACCUGCAAGAAGAUGGUUCCACUUCAAGCGCUUCCAUUUCACAUUAAGAGCUGCAUAGAUGAGAGUAUUGAUCUGGACAGUUCCCCGGAGAGUGAAAGCUGCAACCCAGACCACAUGCCUCCAUUAAGCACAGAAUCUCAGACAAAGAUGACUGCUGAGUGUCCAGUCUGCAGAGAUGUAUUCGACAUCGAUACAAUUGAAACACAUGCAUCUGACUGGAAUAUGCUCUUCAGACAAAGAAGGCAAUGUUGGCAUUUCAAGUGCACAAAUCCAUUCUUUUCAAAGCUCAGAUGAAAUCUUGAACUGGAUCAGUUGCCAAGUGGAUGAAAGCAGCACCUUUUCCCUCGGCCUUUCAAGAAUUAACCUCUUUAGUCGGGGAAUGCAACAGUGGCAACGCCAAAAGAAAUCUUCCAAAUUGCAGAUUGAAGGUUUCUUUUUUUGGAGAAUCUGGCAUUGAUACAGGCGCUCUAAGUAAAGAGUUUCUAACAGAAAUGAUUGCUGAGAUCGAAAAGAAACUAUUUGUGGGCAGUCCUGACAAGAAAGGCAAAAAUCCUCUACUGUCUGAACAGCCUGGAUAACAGUUAUUUCAGGACUGCAGGAGAAGUAAUGGAAGUUAGUAUUGCACAAAGUGGACCGCUCCCAAACUUCAUGCGUGAAUGGUGCUACAGAUACCUGUGCUCUGGUGAUUCAGACAGCAUACAGGUGUCAAGUAAUGAUGUCACAGACUCAGAGCUGUUGCACCUUAUUACAGAGGUAACAAUGAUAACAUUUUGAAAGCUGACCAAAUACUGUACCAUGUCUUUUGUUUGUUCCAACUUCAUUGGAAUUGGGGUUGCAUUUUAAAACUUUGUUGAAGUGAUAACAGUUAAUUACUUAUGUAUAUGCAUGGCCUCUUUGUACACUGUGUACAAUAUUAGGCAAAUGAGUAUUUUGACCAUAUUUAGGCAUAUUUCUUACCUCUAAGCUCGAUCAACUUGAAUGCUUAAUGUAUUUUUAGCAUAACAGGUGAUAUGUAGCUGAUAAAAAUUGUACAUUUAUUUGUAAAGCGGUAUGUCGUUGAAAAAAACAUGUGGAUGAUAGCUUAUUUAUUUAAAAAUUCAAGAAGACCCAAGUAGCAGUUUCCAACUAAAUAGCAGGAAAAACACCCGUUUCAUACUGUGUGUACAAGUGUAUUCAGUCAGCGGUAAUAAACUUACAAAGUAAAGCUGUACAUUGUCUAUCUACUAGAUUGUUAUAUGAUUUAAAAAAUAAAACUACCAAUGUUCCGAAACAA